AUGUAUUAUUUGUUACAAAACACGACACCGUCUAUGGGUUGGGCGGUAAUGCAAGAGGAUGUCUGGGUUUGGGUCACAACACACCCGUCCAGACACCACAACCUAUACCUGAUUUGUGGUUAUACGCACUCCCUGGCCCUCAGCCUCACUGAACAAGUGUAUGGAUGGGGUGACAAUAGUUAUAACAACACAUUUGUUGAGUUAACAAACAUAGGAUCGGGUGGUUUCGGAACUGUACAUAAAAUUCAAAAUAAAAAUGACGACAAAAUAUAUGCAAUUAAAAUACAACAAAUUAAUGAUUUAAAUAAAUACGAAAAGUCUAAUGCAUUCAAUGAGGGGAAAAAAUUAUUAUUAGUUCAAUCGGAAUAUGUUGUAAAGUAUUACGACUCAUGGCGUGAAGGCAACUGUAUUUACAUUCAAAUGGAGUUAUGUUCACAAAAUCUUCGCAAUGUUAUUCAAAUCAAACCACAAGUAUUUGGUCGACAAUUAGGAUAUCCCAUGGAUUGCGUCGAGUAUUUCAUUUCGUGUGAAAUAUUCCGUCAGAUCUUAGAAAGUGUUGAGUAUUUGCAUGAAUUGAAUCCACAGAUCAUUCACAGAGACCUCAAACCCGACAAUAUUUUAAUUUCUGAAAAUGUCAAAAAUGGUAGAUUUGUUAAGUUAUGUGACUUUGGUUUGGCUACAGUUCACGACAAACGCGUUCACUACAGGACUACACAAAAACAUACGGCAAAUGUGGGAGACAUUAAAUAUAUGGCACCAGAAGUAUCUCAGGGGGAGAAAUACGGACACAAAUCGGAUAUUUAUAGUUUAGCACUAAUUGCCGGUGAAUUAUUUGACGUGAACUUAAAUGAAAUUGAUUUGGAUGAGUAA